AUGCCUGGCGAAGUUCGUGCCCUCUCCACCACGACGGACGUCAACCGGAUCGAGGCUCCGGUGACCUGGAAAGCCUACCUCAUCUGUGCCUUUGCAUCCUUUGGCGGUAUCUUCUUCGGCUACGACUCUGGGUACAUCAACGGUGUCAAUGGAAGCAAAGAAUUCAUCCGCAUCAUCGAGGGCCCCGACGCCUCCGCGCUCUCGUCUCCUCACCAGUCUCUGAUCGUGUCUAUCCUCUCUUGCGGUACCUUCUUUGGCGCUCUCAUCGCCGGUGAUGUCGCCGAUAUCAUUGGCCGCAAAUGGACUGUCAUCGCCGGCUGCGUCAUCUACAUGCUCGGUGUCCUUGUUCAGAUGAUCACCGGUCCAGGCCAUGGUCUUGGUGUCAUCGUCGCUGGUCGUUUGAUUGCCGGUCUCGGUGUCGGUUUUGAAAGCGCCGUGGUUAUUCUCUACAUGAGCGAAAUUUGUCCCAGAAAAGUUCGCGGCGCCCUCGUUGCCGGAUACCAGUUCUGCAUCACCAUCGGCCUCUUGCUGGCCUCCUGCGUCGACUAUGCGACUCAAAAUCGACCCGACACGGGCUCCUACCGCAUCCCGAUCGCUAUCCAAUUUGCCUGGGGUCUCAUCCUCGGCGGUGGUCUGCUCUUCCUCCCCGACUCUCCCCGAUACUUUGUCAAGAGAGGCAGAGUCGAGAAAGCUAUGCAAGCUCUGUCCCGACUCCGUGGUCAACCACAAGAGUCCGAGUAUAUUCAGGUCGAAAUUGCCGAGAUCAUCGCCAACGACGAGUAUGAGCGCGAGAUGAUUCCAUCUAGUGGCUGGUUCUCCAGCUGGGCCAACUGCUUCAAGGGAGGUCUUGGGCACCAAAAGUCCAACCUCCGGCGCACGAUCCUCGGUACCUCGCUGCAGAUGAUGCAACAAUGGACCGGUGUCAACUUCAUCUUCUACUACUCGACGCCGUUUCUCCAGGCAACAGGCGCCAUCAGCAACACCUUCUUGAUCUCCCUGAUCUUUACCUUGGUCAACGUGUGCUCCACCCCUAUCUCCUUCUACACAGUCGAGAAGUUCGGUCGUCGCCCUCUGCUCAUCUACGGUGCUCUCGGUAUGCUCAUUUGCCAGUUCCUGGUUGCCAUCAUCGGCGUUACCGUUGGUUUCAACCACGCCCACUUGGAUGCCGCUGGAAAUAGCAUCGCGAACAACAUCUCUGCCGUCAACGCCCAGAUCGCCUUUAUUGCGAUUUUCAUCUUUUUCUUCGCCUCGACAUGGGGACCUGGUGCCUGGAUCUUGAUCGGCGAGAUCUUCCCUCUUCCCAUUCGGUCCCGCGGUGUGGGUCUCUCCACUGCCUCCAACUGGCUCUGGAACACCAUUAUCGCUGUCAUUACCCCUUAUAUGGUCAACGAGGACCGCGGCAACCUAAAGUCUUCGGUCUUCUUUAUCUGGGGUGGUCUUUGCACCUGCGCCUUCAUCUACUCCGUCCUCCUCGUCCCCGAGACCAAGGGUCUUACUCUGGAACAGAUUGACAAGAUGAUGGAAGAAACCAGUCCCCGGACCUCUGCCAAGUGGAGACCGACUAAGACCUUUGCAGAGCAGAUGGGCAGCGAAGGUGGUGUCCUUAACAAGGAAAUUGUUGCCGACGUGGAAAGAAAAGGGUCCGUCUUCUAG